CACAGGUUGAUGAUGGGUCACUGGCAUGUGGGCCCGCCUUUCUUCCCUCGUCUCCUUCUCCUUCCCUCGUCGCCUUCCCUCUAGCUCUGGGCCUCGGCGGCGUUCGAGGAGCGUUCCGUUGCUUCUGGUUCUUGGGAAGUCGUUGCCAGCGGGCAGCCUUGCCAGGUGCUUGCCAGAAUCGGACCCCAGCCGCCGGAAUCCGACCUCGUCUCGCUUCUCCUCUCCCCGUGAAGAAUCGUGAUGCGGAGAACAGCCGCCGCUGCCCUCGUUUUCAUUCCCCUCCUCGCUGCGGCGGUGCAGACCUCCUCCCUGCCCUUCAUCGUCCUGCACGGGAUUGGGGACCAGUGCGCCAACCAUGGCGUCGCCAAGUUCACUAAACUUCUCGCCGGUUGGUCCGGCUCCGACGGUCACUGCCUAGAGAUCGGCAGAGGAACAUGGGACUCUUGGGUCAUGCCUCUUCAACAACAGGCUGAUAUCAUCUGCAACAAGGUCAAGGAAAUGAAACAACUGAGAGACGGCUACAACAUAGUUGGUCUGUCUCAGGGAAACUUGAUUGGUCGAGCAGUAGUUGAGUAUUGUGAUGAUGGACCGCCGGUCAAGAACUUCAUCUCUCUUGGAGGUCCUCAUGCUGGUACCGCUUCUGUGCCGCUUUGUGGUUCUGGUAUUUUGUGCAUUCUUGUUGACGCUCUGAUCAAAUUGGAGAUCUACUCAGACUAUGUGCAGGAACAUCUUGCACCUAGUGGCUACCUCAAAAUCCCAACUGAUAUGGCAGAUUAUCUGAAGAGUUGCAGGUUUCUUCCAAAACUUAACAAUGAGAUUCCAGAAAAAAGAAAUGCCACCUACAAGGAAAGGUUUAGCAGCUUAGAGAAUUUGGUUCUGAUCAUGUUUCAGGAUGAUGCAGUCCUGAUACCUCGAGAAACAGCAUGGUUCGGUUACUACCCUGAUGGAGCCUUUGAUCCUGUUCUACCACCUCAGAAGACGAAGCUGUAUGAGGAAGACUGGAUCGGUUUGAAGACACUGGAUAAAGCAGGGCGGGUGAAGUUUGUGUCUGUGGCGGGAGGUCACCUCGGCAUCUCCAAAAGUGACAUGAAGAAGUACAUUGUGCCUUACCUGACAAGCAAAGCAUCGGUGAAGACCCUCCUCCGGUGGAGCCUUUCUGAUUUGCUAGGUGGCACUUGGCACGCUGCGCUGGGGCUGAUGGAGGGUGAUGGUGCUGUGCUUGAUUCGCCAUCGUCGUGAUUAAUCAUAUGAUGUGAUUUGAUGGACUUGGGGUCUGGUUUCCAACAGUGGGUUGCUGUGAAGCUUGAUUGUUACGCUCUACUUGGUCGAUUUAUGGCGUGGGCCUUGUUUAGUUCCGAAAAGUGAAAAGAUUUCGGUACUGUAGCA